UUGUGGGAUCUCUUCAGGUCUUGCCUCUGAAUCCAAGAUGGCGACCAGGCGUUCACCCAACCAACCUCAUAGAAGGAAGGUUUCCGUCUCUUUUGUGAUACGAGACGAGGAGGAAAAGCGUCAUAGAUCAGGAAUAAAUGCUUUGCAAUACGACAAAAGUAACGGCCGAUUGUAUUCGGCUGGAAGGGACUCGAUAAUUCGGUGUUGGAAUGUCCGCAAUGAAAGAAUCAAGGACCCUUACAUGGUGUCGCUUGAGCACCACACAGACUGGGUAAAUGACAUUGUGCUCUGUCGCAACGGAAAAACAAUUUUAUCAGCAUCUUCAGAUACCACAGUGAAAGUUUGGGAUGCAACACGGGGCUUCUGCAUGUCUACUCUAAGAACCCACAAAGAUUACGUCCAGGCUUUGGCUUAUGCUAGUUGUAAGGAACAUGUCGCAUCAGGCGGCUUAGAUAAGCAGAUUUUCUUAUGGGAUGUCAAUACACUGACAGCCCUUACAGCAACUAAUAAUACAGUAACUACAUCAUCACUAAGUGGUCAGAAGGAUUCCAUCUACAGCCUCGCUAUGAAUCCUGCAGGGACAGUUCUCAUUUCGGGAUCUACAGAAAAGAUUCUGCGGGUAUGGGAUCCCCGUUCUUGUGAGAAGGUCAUGAAGUUAAAAGGUCAUAUGGAUAACGUAAAAGCAGUGGUUAUAGAUUCAGAUGGUCAACAGUGCCUAUCUGGCAGCUCUGAUGGAACCGUGCGCCUGUGGUCUCUGGGUCAGCAGCGUUGUGUAGCAGUAUAUCGAAUCCAUGAGGAGGGGGUCUGGGCUUUACUGGCUAAUGAUAACUUCACUGAGUUUUUCUCUAGUGGACGGGAUAAGCACAUAUUCUGGACGGACAUGCGAAGAGACGAUAGCUCAGCUUUGCUAUUCACUGAGGGAGCGCCAGUUCUGCGGCUUGAGUCUUGUCCAGACAACACCUCACUAUGGGUGGCUACCACAAAUUCCCGUAUCAACAACUGGCCGAUAAAGUUCCCAAGUUAUGAAAAUCACUCAGCAGGGGACCUGGGAUAUAAUGAGUCUGUCUCAAGGCCACUAUGUACUACACCACGCAUGACAAUACAAGGUGCUUCAAGCAUCAAGAAGUUUCACAUUCUCAAAGACAGGCGUCAUGUGUUGACAAAAGAUACUGAUAACUGUGUGGCAUUGUUUGACAUACUUAAGGCACGGAAAGUAGAAGACCUUGGUCAGGUUGACUUUGAAGAGGAAAUCAAGAGAAGAAUUCAAAGUGUUUAUGUACCAAACUGGUUCAGUCUCGACAUCAAGACAGGGAUGUUGACUGUCACACUAGAAGAGAGUGACGCAUUCUCUUCAUGGAUUUCAGUAACUGAUGUACCAGGGCUACAGUCAAAGAUCAUUGAUGGGAGACCUAUGGCGCUGGAUGUCAAGCAUGUGAAUUAUGGAGUGUUACUAUUACAGGCACUGCUUGAGCAUUGGCCAGAAACACAAAGUGUAACAACAGAUGAAAUGGAUCUUGGAUGUGGCGAUCCUGACGGCCGAGAAGCAAGCACCAGUGAUGUCAACAUUAAUGUGGAAACACGGGUGUACAUUGGUAAUGGCUUCUACAGUAUACCGGAUCACACUCCACUUAUCUUCAGUGAGAGUGGUGGGACAGGUAGAACACUCUUUAGGCUGUUGGCCAUGGAUGCAUCUGGGGAGAAUGAGGGAUAUCUACUUGCCGAGACAGUUCCUCAAUGGGUGGUUGAUGUCACUGUUAAGCGUGCUACACCCAAGUUUCACAAAAUCGCCUUUUUCCUACAACCACAUUCAACAAGCUCCUCGAAAACCCUUAAGAGAGACCGCUUAUCUGCUAGUGAUAUGCUGCAUGUCCGUAAAGUCAUUGAGCAUGUCUACGAUAAGGUGAUCGGUGGCGAUGGUUCGUCCAGUUCCGGGAGUGCCCCAGCAACGCCCUCAGGAGAUAAGGAUCCCCAUACCCCUCAGAGUGAGGAAGAAGACAGAGCAUCAAUUGCUGAGGCGCGCAUUGAGCUGCUUUGUCAAGAUCAAGUAUUGGACCCAGGAAUGGACCUGCGGACUGUCAAGCACUUGAUCUGGAAGGGAGGUGGGGAUUUGGUACUUCAGUACCGGCUGAUAAAACAAUAGACAGCAGUUUUGUGCAGCAAAAAAAUGAUGCUGGAUUAUUUUCAUCAAAUGAAAAAAAUCUGAAUUCGUUCCUUGUUGAAAUGAAAAAAAAAAUCAUUUUCAAAUGCAACAGAGAAAGUUUGGGCCCAAAGUUCACAGAAGAACUUCAUCUAGCCCCCUUUUCAAAAUCAGUAUAACACCCCUGAAAUUGCUGAAGCAAUACACCUGCAAAACUAGUCAAAUUAUUGGCAUCUUUACACUUCUGAGAGAAGAGUGUCACUGGUAUCACUAAAAUCUCUUGCAUCUCCAAAAAGUCUCAUAAAAAUCUGAUUAAGUUUGUGUUAAGUCAUCAAAAGACAUCGUGAUGUUAGUGAACAGUUAUAGCCUCAUUAGCAGGAAAUUAAUGAGCCAGUGAUAUGGAUUUGAACCCCCAUUGUUCUAAGGAAAUGCAGAUAAUAUACUUUAAAAGAUACUUUAAAAGUGGAUAGGCUUAGUAGUUAAAAGGGAGUUCAUAAAAAUAUAUUUAAUUAAUAACUAUGAUACGAAAUCGCCAUCUUUUCAGUUAUUUAUUCGUCUAUCAAUACACAGAAAAGUGAAAAUAUAUUUUGACGUUAAAGGUUUUUUUACUCACACAAAAUCCAUAUAAGAGUUCCAUUGCUAAUAAUAUUUCCCCCAAUGCACUUUAAUUAAUCCUUCUUGGCUGUUUUUAGCGUUUUAGCAUGUCUACAAAUAGGACGCUUUGAAUAUUUUAUGAUCUAGUCAUUGGCCUCGUUGAGAAGAUCAUUAACGGAGAACAAACGGAUUUAAAAGCGGUAGUAACACUCUUCAAAUAAGGAAAAAGCUAUCAGGAAUUUGAGUUUUAAUUGCGUGCAAAAGAAGAGAUCGCGCAAACGUCGUCAAGAGAGAUUGUCUAAUUCACAGUUAUAGCCUUUCGGAACUUCUCCUACAAAGAAGAUAAGACUUCAUUAUAGAAUAGGCUUAAUAAAUAGUACCAGUUGGGGGUAGUUAAUUUCCAGCAUGAUAACUGGGUGAAUUCAGAACAUUCGUGCGACUCUAUAUUUCUUUUUAUUAUCCAUAAUAUGAAAAAAAAAUUACUUUCACAGUAGAGCUGAUGUUCCUCGGUAUUGAGAAUUUAUCUGCAAUAGCCAGUGGGUUUGCGAAGUUUGUCUUGCAAACAAAUCUUCAAAGAUAUUUUGUACAGCUAGCCUUUUAUAAAACAGAUGUCAUGUGUUAAACAAACCGAGCGUACACACCUUUCUAUUAAAAAAGCGCAAAAUGAA